GGCUUGGAUUCUGCGAGCGAGCCCGCCCUGCCUGCUGCCGCUGCGGCGAGGGAGGAACAGCAAGAAAUGCGCCUCGUCUUUUUCCGAUCGCGAUGCGAAAUCUAUCUAUAGAAGAAGGAGCCAGGCUGAAUUCGUCAAGAUGGGACCCUUGUGCUUCUGGCGGCCCACCUUGCUCCUCUUUCUGUUAUGCCCAGCUGGAGCCCCCUUGAAGAUUUGUGCCUUCAACAUGCAGCGCUUUGCCGAAGGAAAGACAGAGAAAGCCAGCGUCGUAGACACGCUUGUCAAGAUCCUGGCUCGUUAUGAUAUCUCUGUCCUGCAAGAGGUGAUGGAUGUAAAAGAAAAGGCAAUUCCUGCCUUGGUGGACGCUUUGAAUCGGUUUGAUGGUGGCUCUGGCACCUAUAGCUACCACACCAGCCCUCUGCUUGGCCGGGGCAACUACCAGGAACGCUAUGUGUUCGUAUACAGGCACCAGAGGAUUCGGAUGAUAGACUCUUAUAAAUACGAGGACAACCAUCCAGACCGGCCUGAUGUCUUUGCACGGGAGCCCUUCAUUGUCCGCUUCAGUGUUCCAAACAAAGAGCUUCCUGAACUGAUGUUGAUACCACUGCACACGGCACCUACACACGCAGAGGCUGAAAUCGAUGCUCUCUAUGAUGUUUUCCUGAAUGUAAAGUCACGCUGGGGCAUGGAGGAUAUGAUUUUCUUGGGUGAUUUCAAUGCUGACUGUGGCUACGUGGCAAAGAAGCGUUGGAAAGAAAUCCGCCUGCGCCAGAAGCCUGACUUUCAUUGGCUCAUUGGGGACAAAGCUGACACCACCGUUCGAGAGAACACCCGCUGUGCCUAUGACAGGAUUGUAGUACAUGGGCAGCGCUGCUUGGAUGCAGUUGUGCCUGGAUCAGCUCAGGCAUUUGACUUCUCCAAGGAAUUUGGGCUCUCGGAAGAAGAGGCUUUGGAGGUCAGUGACCAUUACCCUGUAGAGGUGGAGCUGUACUCAGCCUGCCAGGGGCUCCAGCCCAUCCAUCCAGCUGGCCUCGUGUUGCUGGCCGCGACCGUACUGUCUACCUCCGGGCAUGGCUUCUGAAGCUCCCUGGACUUGACUGUGCUGCCUCUACAGUAUUCGAGGUGUGCAGGAUAUGUUUCCCUGGAAAAAAACACUGGUCUAGAAGAUGCUGUGAGAAGUUGUUGGAUCUCAGGACUUGCUGAGUCUGUCUGCGCCUCCCCUGUAUGGUAAACAAUAGACUGCAGGUUGCACAGUGAACAACCAUCGGGCCCUGGGCUGACUCUGCCAACCCAGGUUGACCCUCCUGGCCAAGAAGGAGUAUCAAAAGUUCAGCUGUGCCCAAGCAUCAAGGUCUUUUUGUAUUCUGGCUUGUGCCAGAAUAAUUUUUGCGUAUUCUUUGGUCCUUCUUGACUCCCAGCUCGCUGCUCUGUCUUGCUCAGUGCUGCCUCCAGGUUUUUGAGGGUGCUUGAGCAAGACACACUCAGUGGGCUCCUCCCUCAGUGAAUCUGCUUUCUCACUUCUCCACCACCACCAUCUGUAGCUGCUCUUUCCCUUCCUCUUUUCUCUCAUCAUUGCCUUUGCUCAGUUGCUGGACAGGAAAGAGUCAUUGAGCAAGGAGGCAAGGCUGUCUCCUCCUCUGUUGCUGGGCCCAAGUGAGAGGCAGCUGAGGAGCAAGUCCAGGGCCCUAUUGGGAUGUGGGCCACUGGGGACUGCUCUGGUCCUGCCUCUUGGUAGUCCUGCUGCUUUGACCUUUCAGGGCUUCCUACUGGCUGACCACAUGGCUCCUGCCCAUGGUGAAGCCUCAGGACUGGCUCUGUCCUUAGAUUAGUGAGGGGACUGCCUGAGGAAGCAAGUGCUGGGGAAGCAGCCAUGCCACCCACCCACAGAGGCAACAGUGAAAUCCAGUUGAUGAGGAACAGCCCCACCCAGCUUGUCUUCCUCUCUCACCAACCCAGAGUUCCCCUGCAUGUGGGGAUGGGUGUACAUUCUGCUCUCCAGUGUGUGCAGGAUGCUGCUUCCUCACUGGUCAAAUCCACACAGGCAUUCAGAAUCUCUUCCCUCAUCUUGCUACAUUAAUGCAGUAUUUCAGCUGUGUGGAAAUCCCACUCUGCUUCUGCAUGAAGCAGAGUUCUAAGGAAGGCACCCCAGUGGCAAAACCUCUCUUGGUGAGAAAAGCCAACACGUUAGUUUUCUAGGUAGGGGGCAUGCAGCAUCCACUGCCAGCAUUUUGAAGCUGUGCUUCACUCCCAGGAAGGUUUGGGGAACUGACUUUGGGGAUCUAAGUGUGGAGGGAUGCUUUUUUUCUGACUGUAAAUCUUCCUUCCUGGAACUUGAUGCCCUCCAGAUAUUUUGGGACUACAACGCCCAGCAUUCCUCAUCAGCUGAGACUGAUGGGAAAUGACAUUCAAAGCAUAGAGGUUCCCAGGUUAGGGAAGGCUGGUGUAGAUCUUCUUUAGAUCAGGACUUCCCCAUUCCUAACACAACUCUCUAAGAUGUUUUUCAGUGUAAAUCAAAAAGUAUCUUCACAGCUUCCCUAUUGCUGUUAGGAAGAACUAUUUAGCAAAUUUAACUUACAUUGACCUCUGUGUUUUCUCCUGUCCUCCCUGAACAGAGUGGAUUAACUAGAUCUUCUACAAAUAUACUUACUGAUCAUGAUCUGUAGGGUUAAUUUAAAAAGAACUGAUCAUGUGUAUCAGUCUUUCUGAAGAAAAGAGGUCAAGGUCAAAGAGAACUUUAUAAAGGGCAUAAAAGUAAAAACUAUAUUCUGAGAUCAGGAAGUGGUAUUCAAACUUCUUGUUUGUCUUCGCUCAGAGAAGAACUGGGGAUGUAGAAGAAAUCCACAACAAAUAAAUUCAGAUUUCUCUGAAUUCCAUCUGCAGAUCCUACUGCACCUCAGCUUUUUCAAGUCAUUCUGGGUUUUUUUUAAACAUUUCUGCCAAUGAGAGGAUGGUGGAACAUAAAAUAUCUGACAAUCUGUAAAACUCAGAACAGAUUUAUUAAAAUCUGUACAUCCCUAGGAAAAACCUACUCAACUUCUCGAUGACAAAUUUGUUUGUUAUUCCACCCUCUUAUACUGCAUAAUCAGUGUAGACUUGUGUCUACACUAUUAGGAAGUGCAUACAGUAUAAGCAGCAGCCCAAACCUGAUGCAAUCUGAAAUGCCUUUGAAAUUGGUAAAUUCAGAUAUCCAAUUUAAAAAGCAAUAGGGUAAAUCAUUAUAAGCACUGUGGAGCUUUUAUAUUGUUUUGUCCUUCAGCUGAAGUUUUGUUCUCUCUUUAGCUAUGAAAAAGGUGAAUAUGGAUUGUGUAUGUUAUUGGCAUUUCCAUAAUGUUUUAUGAGAAGGCUUUUAAAAGACAGUGAUAAAUACAGAGGAAGUGCCUUUUCUGAAGGUCUUCUGUUUUUUCUGUACGCCUUACCUGUUCUUUAUCUUCCUAUAUUCACUGCUGCCUAUAAAAGCUUUGGACAUUGUUGUGCCAUAGUGAAAUACUUUUAAAGAGCAUUGAUUUGAAUGGAGAGCAUGUAGACCUCAAUAGAAUGAUGCACUGUUGAUUAAACCAUCCACAGGCAUAAUUCCUGGUUUGUAAUGAAGGGCACAGGAACAUCUGCAAAAUGUAUUGUUUUGUGCUCUCUCCCAUUUACUUUCACCUCCUGUUAUUUGUGAGGUAGCACAGUCAAGUGUCUGUGUGUUUUGUUUGAUCAAUUGUAUUUCCUGUCCCUUGUUGGCACUAAUCUUCCUUGAGAUGCUUUAGAAUUUUUUUAAAAAUACUAUCAGCAGAGCACAGAAAAUGCACAUUUUGAUGCAACAUUUCUUGAAAGGAUCCUGUAUGACUUGAUAAAAACACACCCCAUAAUACUAUCCAUAAUACUAUCCAUGCACAUUCACUUGGACAGAAACAGGGAAAACCAACAGGAGAACCAGAAAAAUAUCAAUAAAAGAAGGAAUGAAUAAA